GGCAGUUCCCUUUGCCCUUACUAGACAUGGCGCUGGCUAGCGUGUUGGAGAGGCCGUUACCCGUGAACCGGCGCGGGUUUUUCGGGCUCGGGGGUCGUGCGGAUCUGCUGGACCUGGGUCCAGGGAGUCCCAGCGAUGGGCUGAGCCUGGUCGCGCCCAGCUGGGGUGUCCCAGAGGAGCCGAGAAUCGAAAUACUUCAUGGAACCACCACCCUGGCCUUCAAGUUUCGCCAUGGAGUCAUUGUUGCAGCAGACUCCCGGGCCACAGCAGGUGCCUACAUUGCCUCCCAGACAGUAAAGAAGGUGAUAGAGAUCAACCCCUACCUGCUGGGUACUAUGGCUGGGGGUGCAGCGGAUUGCAGCUUUUGGGAGCGGCUGUUGGCUCGGCAGUGUCGAAUCUAUGAGCUUCGAAACAAGGAACGCAUCUCGGUAGCAGCUGCCUCCAAGCUGCUUGCCAACAUGGUGUAUCAGUAUAAAGGCAUGGGGCUGUCCAUGGGCACCAUGAUCUGUGGCUGGGAUAAGAGAGGCCCUGGCCUGUACUACGUGGACAGUGAAGGAAACCGGAUCUCAGGGGCCACCUUCUCUGUAGGUUCUGGCUCUGUGUAUGCUUAUGGGGUCAUGGAUAGGGGUUACUCCUAUGACCUGGAGGUGGAAGAGGCCUAUGAUCUGGCCCGUCGAGCCAUCUACCAAGCCACCUACAGAGAUGCCUACUCAGGAGGUUCCGUCAACCUCUACCAUGUCCGGGAGGAUGGCUGGAUCCGAGUCUCCAGUGACAAUGUAGCUGAUCUACAUGACAAGUAUAGUGGAUCUACCCCCUGAAGGAGGGCAGAUGUGGCUGCUUGCCUUGCUUGGGGUGACUGUUGUUGGUAAUAUGGGUACAGCUCCCCAUCCUGUAGUGGAGGGGUCCCUGAUUGUAUCGAUCAUUUUUUUUUAAUCUCUGGUGCAUUGACCUCCAUGUGUUAUCCGUUGUUAAUGAGUUACUGCAGAGGUAAUUCUUGGUUUUACUUUCUUGGAUAUUAACAUUACACUACUCGAUCUCA